AUGCUUGCACGCUCCUUUGGCCUUCUCGGGGAUUACGUCCGUGAACUUGACAUUGUUGACUACAAGGGCGACGUGGUCAAGGUGACCAAGGACAGUCAUCCCGACCUGUUCUAUGGCUUCCUUGGCGGCAGCCCCGGCAACUUGGGUGUCCUGACACACUUCAAGGUCGAAGUUCAAGAUGACAAGAAGUACCCGAACUCCAAGGGUCUAUGGCAGGCCUUCACCUAUCGUCAAGAUACACUCAAGGCCCUCCUUGAUAUUCUGGUCAAGAAGGGAGAAGACCCCAACUUUCCCCGUGGCUACGACUUUACUGUCAACAUUGUCAGUAGACAGGCCAAUCUGCUGGAUCUGUUCCCGGGUUCCGAGGACGAGCUCAAGAAGAGGCUACCAGAUGGCAUCCACAACGGCAAGGACAACAUUGCCGAUGUGCUCAAGUUCAAGUACGCACUGAUUGUCGUCUACGCCCAGUGGGUCAAUGUUGGAGGAGAGCCGUACUCGCCUGACCUGUUCAACGAGAUCAACAAGGUCCCGCACGAGUUCAAGUUUGGGAAGGAGGCCCCUCCAGGCACGCCAAUGUCGGUCAUCGCAUCCAUGUGGCUCUUCGGUAGCCCUCGCGAGUUUCCUUACCCCUACGUCAAGCGCACCAACAGCACCAAGUCUGUCGAGCUCUCGAAGACUGGCUGGUCGGAUUGGUUCUCUGGCCGAAUCAACGAGGUGAUCAAGAACAAGAACAACGGCCUCUGGGUCUCAUCUCAGCUGCAGGUGUACGGCGGCAAGCAAUCAAUGUUCCAGAAGAAUGCGGGCAAUGGCACGGCCUACUGCUUCAGGGACGCCACCUAUAGUGGCACGUGGGAUGUUUUCUAUCAGGAUACGGCGGAGAAGGCAGCGCAGGAGUGGCAGGCAGUAAAUGACGAGGGUGCGAAGACGCACUUUAGUAAGGAAGAUCGACGUGUUCUCUGGGGAUCGUACGGAGACUGGACGAUGAAGAAGGUGUGGCAGUUUUACUACGAUCCUGUCACGUACAAGAAGGUACAGAAGAUCAGGGGGACUUUUGAUCCCAAGGGAACCUUUACUGCGAACCCAUUCUGCGUCGAGGCAUCGAAGUAG